AUGGACCCUAAAGAUGUGGCUGAUCUUCGAAUGGAGCUAACUCACAAUUCAGAGACACUUGUGUUGUGGCAAAGCUUAGGGCGAUUGGGAGGAAGUGGCUGGCAAGAGCUGGUGGUGGCCACAGGCCGUGUUCAGGGAGAUUUCUGGGUCACCAUCUCUGCUACACGUAAUGCAACGCAUAGGGGAGCUGUGGCCCUGGAUGAUGUGGAAUUCUGGAACUGCGCUAACCCUUCCUUCCUCGGCUCAGCCCCUCGGAACAGCUGUACCAUAUACCAACACCACUGUAACAACUAUGCCUGUGUGGCAUUGACUGAGCUGUGUGACAGGGAAGACAACUGUGGGGAUGCCUCUGAUGAGGACCAAAAGUCCUGCAUUGGCCAUAAAGUGACAGACUUUGAAAAUGGUCUGGGUGAGUGGACAAACACUACAGGAUGGGUGAUAACCCAAGGUUCUGAAGCCUCCGUAGCCUCAGCUGUGCCAGUCCGGGACCACAGCAAGAACAGUGCAUCAGGCUCUUUCCUGCUCUCCAAGGCUGAUCAAGGAACUUCUGAUAUCCUGAUUAGCCCAGAGUUCCAUCCUUCAAGUACCAACAGCUGUUUGUUCACAUUCUAUUACUACCUGCAUGGCUCUGAGGCUGGAAGCCUGCAGCUGUUCCUGCAGAGCCAGAACCCUGACUUACCCCAGACAGACCCCAUACGGACUCGCCAAGGGGAACUGGGGGCUGCCUGGGUCCGGGACAAGGUCACCAUCUACAGCAGGCAUCGCUUCCGGAUCCUCCUGAAGGGAAAAACUGGGCCUGGAGGGGUCGUGGGCCUUGAUGAUCUGAUCCUAAGCCAACAUUGUGAACAAGUGACCAAGUCUGAAGACACAUCCCCCUCAAAGGCCUCUCCUCCUGGAUCCUUGGCUGGUGUGCCCCAGCACCUCCAGCAGCUCACUAAAAUUGACUCAAGGACUCAGACUGACAAUUUCUGCGAGUCUGGUCAUUUCUCCUGUGGGGAAUUCUGUCUCCCUCCAGAGCAGCUAUGUGACUUUGUGCCCCAGUGUGCAGAGGGUUUGGAUGAACAGAACUGUGGUGAAACAAACUUUGAGUCAGGCUCUGGGGGCUGGGAGGAUACCAGCACGGGCCACCUACAGUGGCAGAGGAUCAGUGCUCAGGACAACUCUGACCCCAGGACCGAUGCCGAAGGGAAUGAAACUGGACCCUUUUUGUCGGUACAAAGGGCAUGGGGGCAGCUGAUGGGAGUGGCCAAGGCACGUACCCCUGUUCUAGGUCCAUCUGGCCCAGAUUGUACCCUCAAGAUGGCCUAUUACCUCCAGGGCCACCCCCAAGGGUUCUUGGCACUCCGGGUGGUAGAGGAUGACACCCAUAAGUUGGCCUGGCACAUUCAGAGAAACAGCAAUGAUACAUGGACAUGGGUGACAGUGCCACUUGGAGAAAGGAUGAGGCCUUUCCAGCUGGAGCUCUUGGGAAUGGUGGAUUUGAACGUCCCAGGGACAAAAGGGGUCGGAGUAGAUGAAAUUACCUUUGUGAACUGUAACCCUACUGUGAUCACUAAGAAGGACACAGAACUCUCAUGUAACUUUGAACGGGACUCCUGUGGCUGGUAUCCUGAGCACAGAACCGAUGCCCUGUGGCAAAGGGCUUCAAUGCAAGGCCCAGGCUACGACCAUACCACCAGCCAAGGCCACUUCAUGUAUUUAGAUCCUACAAUGCCUCCUGCCCGAGGAAAAAGUGCCCGCCUCCUUACAGCCCUCCAGGUUCCCCCCUCUCACAAUGAAUGUCUCUCUUUCUGGUACCACCUCUACGGGCCCCAAAUUGGGACACUAAGACUGAUGCUAAGACGAGUUGGAGAGGCCGAUAUGCACUUGUGGGCACGGACAGGCACUCAUGGCAACCGAUGGCACCAGGCCUGGGCCACCCUCUCCCACCCUCCAGACUCUGUCGCCAAGUACCACCUGGUGUUUGAGGCUCAGAGGAAUGGGUACCAUGGCAACAUUGCAGUGGAUGACAUUACUGUGCGACCGGGUCCCUGCUGGGCUCCUCGACGCUGUUCCUUUGAAAACUCAGCCUGUGGAUUUUCAUCUAGUGGGCAAGGAGCUUGGCAACGACAGAGCAAUGUUACAGGCAGUGCUAUAAGGGGCCCACGUACAGACCACACUACAGAGACCCCUGAAGGACACUACAUGAUGGUGGACACAAGCCCAAGUGCCCUGCCCCAGGGCCAGGCAGCCUUACUGACCUCUGAAGAACACUCACCCCUGGCCCAGCCUGGAUGCUUGACUUUCUGGUAUCAUCUGAGCCUCCACAAUCCAGGCACACUCCGUGUCCACGUGGAAGAGGACAAAAAACGCCAGGUAUUCAGCGUGAGUGCCCAAGGUGGUUUCACCUGGCGCUUAGGCAGUGUGGAUGUCCAGCCUGAAAAAGCAUGGAAGGUGGUAUUUGAGGCCAUUGGAGCUGGAGUGGAGCACACUUACAUUGCUGUGGAUGAUCUGCACCUAAAGGAUGGGCCUUGCCCUCAGCCAGGGUCCUGUGACUUUGAAUCAGACAUGUGCAGCUGGAGUCACACACCUUGGCCAGGCCUAGGGGGCUAUAGCUGGGACUGGAGCAGUGGUGCCACACCUUCCAGGUACCCCCAGCCCUCUGUGGACCACACCCUGGGCACCGAAACUGGUCACUUUGCCUUCUUCGACACCAGUGUUCUGGGUCCUAGUGGUCGGGCGGCCUGGCUUCGAAGUGAACCUCUCCCCCCUACUCCCAUGGGUGGUUCCUGUCUUCGAUUCUGGUAUCACAUGGGCUUUCCGGAGCAUUUCUACAAGGGCGAACUGAAAGUCCUACUAAUUAGCUCCCAGGGCCUACUGACUUUGUGGGGCACUGGGGGAUAUCUGCGCCACCAGUGGCUCGAAGGAUACAUCCAGGUGACAAGCACAGUGGAAUUUCAGAUUGUGUUUGAGGCCACCCUAGCGGGUCAGCCUGUUCUGGGCCCCAUUGCAAUAGAUGACAUCGUGUACCAGACAGGCCAGAGCUGUGAGCCAUCUAUGCCUGCUCCAGAGGAAUCCUCAAAAUCUGUGACAAUACCUGUGACGACAAUCAGCCUCUUGGCUGCUCUGAUCCUGGGGUUGCUUGCUUUUGGUGUAUGGCACCGGCUGAAGAACGGAGACUACCCAUUCAGGAAGCAGAAAGAGGAGAACAACGCUUCAUCUGGCUUUGAUAAUGUUGUUUUCAACUCGGAUCAUGUCACCCUGCCCCCAAUAACAGGUGACCAGUAGACCACCCCAGAUGAAAUUCAGGACCUUUUGUCUGGCCUCCUGACUGAGAUAUUCCAAGGGGGAAAGGAGAUCGCUUGCCAUCUGCACUGUAAUUUCAACUUCAGAUACAGGAGGCCUGUAUGGGGCACAGCCUCUCUCAACAUAGAGGCAGGCCAGAGGUGCUGGGGCUGACAGAAAGGCAGCCCGAGCCACAGCUGCAUGAGAAAUGUUAAAAUGGAAAUUCGUUCCCAUUGAUGACUUUUCCAUACAAGGAGCCUCCCUUUUGGUUUUGAACUGAGACUUGACUGAGUGGGAAGAUGGGCCUUCUUGUUCUUUGAAUAAAUGCACUGUGUGGUGUUCACUUCCUCAAUUCUGCAGAAAUCCAUCUUUAACCAGUGAGAGUAUCACAGCAAGUUUGGUGAAAGACGCUUGGUGUUAAUACUUCCUAAACAAACUAAAAACACCUCCUUUCCAUCACAUCGUAGAUACUUAGGCAGGAGACCAAUCAGUAGUUCUACCUAGGCUUGAGCAUCAUGAGACGCUGGAUGUCCGUCCUGGCGGCACCAUCUUACUGUCUGUUUGCAGCGUGUGAAAUGUUCCUGAAGGAUGAACUGCUUAUUCUGUAUGACAGAAAGCUGAAGUAGCAAACUUGCCAAGAGGCAGACAGAGAUCCAAUUAAGCAGGACUGGGGAAAGGCAAUUCCGGUAUGAGACCAAACUAAACCACACAAGACCGCAAGAGUCACUAAAGGGACAUGGCAGGCUGGUAAGCACCAGGAUAUUUUUGUUCAGAGACAAAAAAUAAAUAAAAAUAAACACAAUGCAAACCUGUAA